UUUCAUAAGGAGAAAAUGAAAGCUCUGUUGACAUUUACUCCCUAAGAUGAACUGAUAAGGAAAUAGUAGAAAAAAGAAAGUCAUUUUAACGACUACUUUCUUUUCCAUUCUAAACUUAAUCCUCUCUCUCUCUCGGCGUCUCCACUUCAUAUGCAAAUUGAAUAGGUUGAAUGGGAGAAAGAUUGGUGCUCUCUGUUUCGAAGGCAGUGAACCAUUAGGAGCCUGGAAAGGAGAGUUUACUUGUGUCUGAUUCUACAAUGUCUGUUCCUCUUGCUCCAUAUCCAACACCUCCAGACUCAUAUACUCCUGCCAAUGGUGCUCAAAGCCAGCUGGUAUGUUCAGGAUGUCGAAAUCUAUUACUCUAUCCAGUUGGAGCAACCUCAGUAUGCUGUGCUGUUUGUAAUGCAGUAAACGCUGUGCCACCUCCUGGCACAGAAAUGGCUCAGCUGAUUUGUGGAGGCUGCCAUACAUUACUAAUGUACAUUCGGGGAGCCACAAGUGUUCAAUGCUCAUGUUGCCACACUGUCAAUCUGGCCCUGGAAGCAAAUCAGGUGGCACAUGUAAAUUGUGGGAACUGCAGAAUGUUACUAAUGUACCAGUAUGGAGCACGAUCUGUGAAAUGUGCAGUCUGCAAUUUCGUCACAUCGAUUGGGGGAUCAGCAAGUGCUGCACCAGAACACAAGUUCAACAGCUAGAAAUAGCUUUACAGUUGAGAAAUUACAACUUUGGUUUUUUCACAUUACAAAUAUCCUCUUCUACUGGUGCAUCCCUCAUCAACGUAGGGGAAAUUUCAUCCUUGCAUUUGUAUAGAGUGUUUUGUGCUUUGCUUGCGUAGCAUGUUUCUGAAUAAGCAGUUUUGGCAGCUGGUUGGACUUUUUUAGGUUGAAAAAUGGAUUAUGUUAUGAUAAGAUAAAGACUUCAUUUUUCUUUUA